UUUUGGAUUAAAGGUUAAUCUUGCUUAUAUAAACGCCAACAAAACCCAAUCUUUCAGGAUUUACUCGGACCAGACAGGCUUGAUUUAUUCAUUUGCUCAUUUCCUAAAUCUCUCCAUCUCAGUGAACCCGAAGAGAGUAGCGUUUUGUACUGUGUUUCAGACCCAAACAUCAGGAUUCAGGAUGUUUUUAUCCUUGUGUUUUACUCACUGAUGUGGAAAACGACCAUCUGAGGCCGCCGAGAUGCCGACUGUCAUCCGCAAAAGGCAAAACUGUGGCCUGAGCACCACAUUUUUGAGCAGAUGUGGAUUGAGGGAGUUGAGAGAGUCCUGUCUGACCCCAGAUCAGUUUCACAGCUGUUUCUGGUGCUGCUUUACUCUACAGAACUGGCUGCUAGACAUCGGCAGACCUGUAAUAACGAUCUUCUGUCCACUGGAUUGGUUUCCUCUGAACAAACCCAGCGCUGCGGAUUAUUGCCACAUGUUGUACAACAUCACAACACCUUUCCUGCUGCUCAAGCUGAUGGAGCGCAGCCCGAAGACACUGCCGCGCUCCGCCAUGUACCUGUGCAUCAUCACCUUCGUCAUGGGCUCCAGCAUUCACCUGCUCGGGGAAUCCAUAAACCAGCGGCUGCUGAUCAGCGGAUACCAGACACACCUGACACUCAGAGAAAACCCCAUUAUUAAGAGCAUCUCACCACACACACUGAUCGACUCAUUUGAGUUACUGCAGUAUUAUGAUGAAAGUCUGGGCCUCUGUAUGUGGUACGUUCCUCUGUUUCUCAUCCUGUUCCUGUAUUUCACUGGAUGUUUCACUAUCGUCAAAGCAGAGAAGAAGAUGCCCGUCUCCGCUUGGAUUCUACUGGGUCCCAGUGGCCUUUACUACUGGUAUCUGGUGACAGAAGGACAGAUUUUCAUCCCAUUUAUUUUCACGUUUUUCGCCAUGAUGGCUACAGUCCUGCAUCAGAAGCGUAAAGGUUUUCUUCCUGACAGUAAUGGACUGUUUCUGCUCUACAGUUUCUCGAUUUCGCUCUUUUUAGUGAGCGUCUGGGUCGCCUGUCUGUGGAACGAUAAAGUGUUGCGGAAGAAAUAUCCAGGAGUGAUGUAUAUCCCAGAACCGUGGGCUCUUUACACAUUACACCUCAGAGACAAACACACCACGCUUACAGACUGAAAAUAUCACUUACAACACAAAACAUAAACUGCUUCCAUCAUUUCACAGUUGUUUAUUUGUUUUCAGAGUCCAUUUCACGUCUCAUUCCUGAAGUAUUUUUACUCUAUUCGAAGUAGUCAAGAUUGAUUUUCUUCAGUAUUACUCAUAAAAAAAAACAAGAUUCCAGUUUUGUUGCUUUCUAAUUCCUUCAUCAUUCACCUUCAUAUUUCAUUUCUUAUGGUCAUGUAUCAUUUGUCUGGUUUAUAUAUUACAUUUUACACCUAAAAACAUUGUGGAAAUGUAAAUUCUGUCUGUUGAUAUGCUAUGACAAGAAUAAAUAAAGAGCUUUGAACUUCA